AUGUCCAAUAUAUAUCAGAGCGUGCAAGAGUCCAAUAAAGCAGAAGAGGAGAAGAAGCAUCCCGAAUGUCGUUAUGGGCAUCCAUCAACAAGCAUAGAUAUUCCAUUAUCAAACAAUAGCAAGGAUCUCUUUUUCAAACAAAUGUCACCACAAUACCAAGAAUUUUAUAGCGACAUCUUGAGUUUUACCAGUGAGAGUAGUUUGAUGGAUGCGUAUCCAAUGGAUCAUGCCUCAAUCAACAGCAACAGUUCUGCCCGAGAUCAAGUCGAUCCGAUGAAUGAUCCUCAGUUUAUGGCAUUUCUGGUUUCCUUGUCCACCAAUGAGCAACCCGUCAGAGCAUCACCACGGGGCCCUUCCACGUUCUUCGCACCUGAUAGCAAUCAACCAAAAGAAGCUGAGGCGACCACAGAAGAAGCAGAGGAAAGCGGAUCCAAAGACACCAUGAAUAGGCAAGCCAAGGAUAGGAAAGUCAUCAGGAAGAAAGUCUCCAAAUCCAACACUCGAUUAGGGCAAUGCGAGCAUCCCAAGCACAGUUUGUAUCGACAAGAAAAAUACAUUUUAUCAACACACGGUGUCCUGCCCAGCGAUGAUGUAUCCUCUGCCACAUCACUUCAAUCCCUGCCAAGACGAGGAAGACCACCUAAAGGAUCCAAAUCAAGCGAGUUUGUCUAUUCCACAUCACCCAUCUCUACUUUUGCAGAUGAAGACGUGGUGAAUUCUGCCUCAUCGUCUUCACCAACAACACAGCCAUCAUCGUCCACUAUCCAUGUGCCCUGUUACCCCAUGGUAGAACUCACUGUCAGACCAUUGCCAAAGCGAUUGGAAGCGGUCGUAGGUAGAGCAAACAUCAAGGUGUGCUUGACAUGUCUUAAAAGAUCAGAUAUGGAUCCUGCUUAUCUGCAGGAUGCAGCCUAUGUUGGGCCCCAAACAUUGGCAAGAAGAAAGAAAUAA